GGUCAUUUUUUCAGUACGGCAACCCAGUUAAAUAUGAACGGUCGUGUCAGACGGAUGUAACUGGGCGAGCUUUUUCGCGUAAACUAAUUGAUUUCUUCUAAUUAAAUUACUGUGAAUCGUUGUGUUAGUAAUGCAAGUGUGAUGUGAGCCAUGAUAAAUUAUAUUGUGCAAAAAUUAACUAUAGUGACUUCAAAAUAGGGGGUGUAACAGUGGAACAAAAAUGGCUUCGGGCGACACGGAUCAUAUAGAAGUGAUGGAAUCCGGGAUAAAAAAGUCGGAAAUUGUAGCCCAGCCGUCGGGGUCGGAAGAUGAUGAUCGAGACAGGGUGUCGUUGGCUGAAAAAAUGGUGCCCUACGACCCGGCCGUGGGCCCCUUGGGUGCUAUCAGCAAAGUGCACAAAUCGGACCGGAAAAUCGGGCACCGGCGCGUCGGAGAGGGCGGGGAGAUCACCUACAAGAAAAUCCAGUCCUCACAGAUCAUGGGCUCCAUACAACUUGGAAUACAACACGCAAUCGGCGGUCUCGCAUCGAAACCAGAACGCGACUUGCUCAUGCAAGACUUCAUGACAGUGGAGACCACCAACUUUCCCCACGAGGGUUCCAAUCACACGCCGGCGCACCACUACUCAGAGUUCAAGUUCAAGACCUACGCGCCCAUAGCGUUUAGGUACUUCAGGGACCUGUUUGGCAUACAGCCUGAUGAUUUUCUGAUGUCAAUGUGCAGCGCCGCCCUACGCGAGCUCAGCAACCCAGGCGCGUCCGGCUCCAUCUUCUAUCUGACGAACGACGACGAAUUCAUCAUCAAGACAGUGCAGCACAAAGAGGGCGAGUUCUUACAGAAGCUGCUGCCGGGAUACUACUUGAACCUCGAUCAGAACCCCCGCACGUUACUACCAAAGUUUUUCGGUCUCUACUGCUACCAGUGCAACAGCAAAAACGUGCGGCUGGUCGCCAUGAACAACAUACUGCCUUCCUCUGUCAAACUGCACCAGAAAUACGAUCUUAAAGGUUCUACCUACAAGAGGAAAGCCAGUAAAUCGGAACGACAGAAAGGCUCCCGCGCCACUUACAAGGAUCUGGACUUCAUGGAACACCACACCGAGGGCAUUUUCCUAGAGGCAGAGACAUAUAACGCGCUUAUAAAGACUAUGCAGAGGGAUUGCAGAGUGCUGGAGAGUUUUAAGAUCAUGGACUAUUCUCUCCUAGUCGGCAUCCACAACCUGGACGAGGCGCAACGAGAGAAAACCGAGGCCCGGACCCGGACGGAAUCCGGACAGAGCGACGGAGAGGAGGACGGGAACAAGAAGACCGGACUGAAUCGGACGAGAUGUGAGAACGAGGACUUCAAGGCACAAGUGAAAAGGACACAAUCGAUAAACAGACAGCGGCUCGUGGCGCACUCUACAGCCAUGGAGAGCAUACAGGCGGAGAGCGAACCGAUCGACGAAGAGGAUGAUGUGCCCCCGGGCGGCAUUCCAGCGCGGAACGCGCGCGGCGAGCGACUACUACUCUUCCUGGGCAUCAUCGAUAUUCUGCAGUCGUACCGGCUUCGUAAGAAACUGGAACACACGUGGAAAAGCAUGAUACACGACGGGGACACCGUGUCAGUCCACAGACCCAACUUCUACGCUCAAAGGUUUUUGGAUUUCAUGGCUAAGACAGUUUUCAAGAAAAUACCUUCGUUGGACCUGCCCGAGAUCAAAGGGAACCACCGCAAGUUCAGGACUCUGGUCACGAGCUACAUAGCCCUGAAACACUCGCCUUCGAAGAGGAAAAGCAUCAGUAAGCCGGUGAGGCCGCAGGAAGAAAUCGACACGCCAGGAGCGGCCAGCUCAAGCGGCGUGGCCAGCACGAAAGCAGUCUCACUGUCUGACGUCACAGCGCAUUUUACGCCAACGUCAGUGACGUCACCGGUGUCAACUGCAGCCAAAACAGUCCAGCAGACCGUUAAAACGACAUCGGUCUCUGAGCCCGACGUAGCUUUCCCAGCUGUAUUAAAAGGCUCUACAAAACAAAGAGUUCCCCCGCCCGUUCCGCCCCGAGGCUCUCCUAAAGCCAAACGCGGCGGCGGCAACACCCAAUCCAGUAUUGACGCAAAAGGUGACUAUCAUUUAAACAUUUCCGUCGACGACAUACCGCCACAGACACCGAUCACCAGUAGUGAUGAUGAUUUUGUGUUCUACGGGCAUGAUUUUAAGUUCAAACAGCCUGUUGCAUGUCAUGUACCGCCGUCUAUAUCUGACCAUUCCGUUAGAGUGACCAAGUUAGUUUCCUCUAACUCUUUCUUAGAUUUUGCCGAAGAAGGAGAGAGUAUUACUCAACGAUCUCAUCCAGGAAAAGAUCUUAUAGCUCAAACCACCAUGAUGGCUAAGUUUAAUAUCGAUAAAACUGUAAGAGAGCAUCUAGAUUCUGGAGAAUACGAUGAUACGUCGUUCACAGAGUCGAGCAGUGAAGAUCAGAUUGUGGUCCACGAACUUUUUGAUGAAGUUGAUGAAACUGAUAAUGACAAACCACCAGAGCGACAAGUCAGGCAAUCUAAAAGUCCUUCGCAGUUUAUUAAAGGUGUUGUUACUAAAGUAGGAGACAAAUUUACGAAAAAACCUCAACCACCAAGAAAUACGGACAAUGUUGAAAGAGCUAGUGUCCAUAACGUAAAGUCUUCAGAUUUAAUCGUUGCAGCUAAGACUUUGAAAAAGACGCCGCGUUCAGAUAAAGAUUUAAAUAAACAAAGUAUUCAAGAGGAAGUAGAACCAAGAGCAGACAAGAAUGGAGCUAAAGCUGGAAUUAUGUCUGGAUUAACGAAGAGGUUAAACUUCAACCAAUCGAAUAGAGAUAAGAAUCGACAAGAAAUAAAGAAACCUAAACCUAAGAUUGAAAUAAAGACAUAUUCGGAAGAACACUCCAGAGGCAUGACAAAAGACGAAGUAGUAUGUCACAAGAAAGCUAAAACUAAAAUAGAUAUGUUUCAAAAACACAUUCUUAAGGUUCAAACUGAUUCUGACGACAGCUCAAGGAGAAGUUCCUUUUCGUCUUCCCAAGACAGUAAGCGUUCUGGUAACGUUUUAGACAUUAUCAAAACUGAUCUGAAAGUAAAAGAGACGAAAAGAAUAUUCGAGCCAAUUGAAUAUAGCCAUGGCAGCUCGAGUUCUAUCGAUAGAAAGGUUUACUCUUUAAACACCACGGCAAUUGGCCCCGUUGUUUCGAAAUCUUACACUGGCAAUGUUCAUGAUAAAAUAAAGAAGUUUUCACAAGAGACAUCUUCAGAAAAACCUCCCGACAGAGUGCCAAGAAAGAAGAAGGGAAGCUUCAAAAAGAGAUCUGAUAAGAGAAAGAUAUAUCGAAUGAAGAAGGAUAUAGAAGAAGUGCUGUAAUGAAAU